AUUACCUUCGAACUGAUCACAACUUGACUUGACCAUGGUGAAAUACACUGGCGUUGUUUUGCGUCGAGAUUUCACGAUGCAUGCGAAGGAUCCUUUCGAUCUACUCAGUCAACUCCGCAAACGCAACAUUCUGCCAAAAGAUGGCGAGGAAAAGCAAUACCGGAUGUGGAUCAAGGUGAAAUCCAAGGUUGGUGAUCAAACAUUCUGGCAGGACGUUUGUCUUGCGUCUGGGGAAUCGAAGAUCUACAACGAGGCCGUGAAAAUGGUCGAGAACAGCAACCUUAUCGAAACAAAUAUUCGGCAGUUCGGAGAUAGUUCACCCAACACAAGCCCCGAGAAAAACAGCAUAGAGACGCCGAAAAGAAACUUGUGUCAAGCCCAGGCAACAACAGUCUGGUCCUGGCGCUGUCAAAUAUUACCGAAGCGACGUCAGAAAUGACGAUCUACGAAUCCUUUGGUUCCAAUUCAAUCAACGACGUCGAACCCUUUACCGAGAUGGAGAUUGACGAUGACGAGCUGCGACUCAUUGCUCUACUAUUUCCAAAAAAGAAGAAUGACCCGACUACUGGCGGCGUUGUUGGCUACGAUGUCGUUCUGGUCGAUUUGACCAGUUUGAUUACUUUCGUCAAGACCGAGCUCAACAAUGCGACGCCAGUAUUCCGUAUUUGCAUCAAAGAUAUGCAGUGUCGCGAUGGCGAAAAGGGCAGUUUCACGCUUUCCUCGCACGUAUGGAUCGGUUCGAUGCUUGAACAUUCCAAAGCUCUUCGUAAAUUUUUUUCCGCAACGACAACGGCCGAGAAGAUUCGCAAGGAUCAAUUGGCUGAGCUACAGGGCAUGCAGUUGUUGUUGAAGAUCAAGUUCUGGAUCGCCGACUUGUUCGAUUUUGCCAAGGCGCGAACGCGACUGGGUUGCCAAAUGGCAGCCAGCGAUAUCGCACCUUAUUUGAGCCCCCACUACUUUGACGAGUGUGAGGCCCGGUACUUGGGAGGGAUUAUGACCCCAGAAGGGAUCUCGUUCAAGGAGUGCUUGAAAAAUGUUGCCGAGGAACAGCCAGGCGUGGCUGUGUGCACAAGCCAUAACUUGGCCCCAAAGGUCCUGAGCAUUUUCGACCUCAAAAAAGGAUUUUUGGAGGAUAGAUCAUUUCAGAGUCAACGUGCGAAAUGGAUCAAGGAACGCAAAGUCCUUUCCCGUGGCUCCGCAUAGGCAUCCGUUUAAUCGAGUAUCGGUAUGCGCCGUCAACGGGGGGUCCAGUGCAAUACGACAACAGCGAAUAGAGCAGCAAAGACUUUGCCUUUUCUUCCGCUUUGGGUACUUUUAUUCAGCUGUGAUUAGCAAUUUGUUUUACACACGUAUGUAGUUUUACCAAAUCCAGGAUUUGUACGAGGUCAGCUUCGCGCUUACCGGUAGCAUGCGAGUAAAAAAUCACAACUGUUAAAA